AUGUGGGGGCGGCUGCCGCUGCCGCAGGUGGCGCUGGCCGUGGCGCUCGGCGUGGCCAGCGGGCUCUACAUCUACCGGCCCGUCUUCCAGCCGCCCGGCCCCCCGCAGCCCCCCGAGGGCACGGCGGGGCCGCCGGCGGACGCCGCGCCGGAGAAGAGGGCCUGAGGGAGUCGUGUGAGCCGCGCCGCUGCCUUGGCGCCGUUCCCCGGUACCGCCUCGUAGCCCGGCCCUCCGCGCCUCCCGUCAGAGGAAAUGGCGCCCAAGCCUGUCACGAAGUCGGAGCGUUCGUCGCCCCCCGGGGAACAUCCCUCCUGCGGCGUGUGCCAGCCGCGGCCAUCCCGAGCGGCCUCCUCUGCAGCCCGGCCCUGCUGCGAAGCCAUCAGCCGGCUGAAGAUGUAACUGCAUACGAGCGUGUUUGGUACCAGCCUGUAGGGACCUGAAUGUUGAAAUAUGUAUAAAAUUCUGAAUGUUUAAAGGUACGUCUUCACGUCUAAGUUUGAAUAACCACCAGGGAACUGGAAAAAGAAAGUUGCUGUCGUACGGUUACACUUUGUGGGGUUUUUUGGACUGCCUCUGGUCCGAUCCUCUGAGCGAUAAAUACCAUUUCUAUCUACUU